CACGAUCAACACACGUACUAAAUCAAGGACACCCCCUGAUAAACCCUUCCUGCUAUAUCCCCGUCAAUUAUUAACCAGCGGUGAAGUUCAAUGCACUGCGUCUGACAUUCUUCCCGUCUCAGAAACAACUGCUCGGACAUGCGGCCGCGAUGGCAAAUUUUUGCUGACGUUGAUGGCAAGAUGGCGUGAUCGGUUCUCCCAAACUGCCCGCCGGAUUACACAGUCGAUACCCGAGUUUCCAUUCAGAGUGUCCUGAAGUCUUUUCUCAGCGUGCGACCCACCGUCCACUCGACAAUGGAGCUCCUUCUUGCCAUCUGUCGUCACUCAUGACUGGUGAACCACUUCCUGGGGUAAGUGGUUUCAGCCGCCUUGGGUGAUUGCCGCUGUCGAUGGCGCCAUUCCCGCUGGGCUCCGAGGAUUGCAAAUCUGCAAUCACGCCAGAUCUCCUUCCCUCGAUAGGAUGGAAUUGGAAUCGAAGGGAGCAUCCGGGGUUGACUCAUGGCCUUCAAGUCCCACAUCAGCUCUGGUUCUGGCGGAUCUCCCCCUUGCCUUUCUAUAUAAGUCGUUGGUAGUUCUUUCAUCUGUUAGAUUUAUACUUUCCCAUCUUCCAUACUUCAAUCAUCUAUAUACACUCGACAUGGCUCCGUCAUUAGAAGUCCCCGUGGCAUCUACGCCUGCGCCCUUGGGAAACAUUGUCGUCCCCAAGAAGGAAAUUGCAAGUGAUAACAAGUUUGGAUACGUCCCUGGUCGGACUACCGUGGAAGACCAUACCAACUACGCCCAUGACGAUCUGUUGCCCUCCUUUCCGGACAUCCACUGGGACGCUUUGGAGUACACACCCUACGAGGAUCGAGGCUUGAGGGGGGAUCCCAAGUUCCGCAACCUACUGAAAGAUGCCACGGCUGUUUUCGAUUAUAACCCCAAGAUUGGCACUGAGAUUCACGGCGUGGACCUGGCGAAUCUCAGCGAGGCUCAGAAGGAUGACCUAGCUCGGUUGAUCGCCUACCGAGGAGUUGUCUUUUUCCGUGCUCAGAAGGACUUUGAUAUUGAUGCCCAGCGGGAUCUGGGAAGACACUUUGGGAAGCUCCACAAGCAUGCUACUACCGCUGUUCCAAAGAAAAAGGGUCUCGAGGACGUUCACGUCGUCUACUCCGGAGACAAUGCAGGAGAUAACCGGGCACUCUUCAGCCCAAGCUUCUUAUGGCACUCGGACGUCACUUACGAAGUACAACCACCAUCAUAUACCUCAUUGAAACUUCUCACCGGUCCACCCCUCGGCGGAGGCGGCGACACCCUCUGGUCCUCUCAAUACGCAGCCUACGACAUCCUCUCCCCCUUCAUGCAGACCUAUCUCAAGAGUCUCACGGCCCUCCACUCUGCCGACAUGCAAGCAAACGACUCUCGAGCCCUUGGUCGACCCGUCCGCCGUGAACCAGUAACCACCGUACACCCUCUCAUCCGCACCAACCCCGUCACCGGCUGGAACGCACUCUUCUUCAACCCGGGUUUCGUCACCAAGAUCAUCGGUAUCCCCAAGGCUGAGAGUGAUUUUAUUAUCAAGUACCUCACGGACGUCGUCGCCACCACCCAGGAGAUUCAUGCCCGUUUCCAAUGGGGUAAGGAUGACGUCGCGUUUUGGGAUAACAGGACGACGACUCAUUCCGCUUCCUAUGGCUUCACCCCCCACCGACGCCACGCCGUCCGUGUCGCAGUCCAGGCUGAGCGUCCUGUCCUGUUGGAAUCGGGUCGAUCCCAGGAAGAAGACUUGGCCGCCUUGUACGGACUGCCGGCGGUUAACAAGGACGGAUCUCGACAGUCCAACUAUAAUGACUGAGCGGAUGCUCAAAACACAACACGGCGGAAGCGGGCUUCUCGUUCUUAAUACAAAUGCAUGCUUACAAGUUCAGAAUUAGCGGAAUCAAAGACGGGCGUUUAUCUUUUCUUAUCAUAACAUAGCUGUGAACGAAUUCUAC